UCUUCUGGACCUGGGGCAGUGAAGGAUCAGUAUAAAAUCCACCCCAGCUCUUCAUUCUCUCAUCCACUUCACUUGACGCCUUCUCCUUUGGAAGUAAGUGCACCUCCAGCCCCGAGACAUGUCCUGCUGCAACCCGUGUGUGCCCUGCUGCCAGCCCUGCGGCCCGACCCCGCUGGCCAACAGCUGCAAUGAGCCCUGUGUCAGGCAGUGCCAGAACUCCACCGUCGUCAUCGAGCCCUCCCCGGUGGUGGUGACCCUGCCCGGCCCCAUCCUCAGCUCCUUCCCACAGAACACCGUUGUGGGCUCCUCCACCUCUGCUGCUGUUGGCAGCAUCCUCAGCUGUGACGGAGUGCCCAUCAACUCUGGGUGUUGUGACCUCUCCUGCAUUGGCAACCGCUACUGUGGCAGAACAUGUCUCCCCUGCUAAAGCUGCUGCAGGCGGCCCCAUAGAAUGGCCCCCAG